AUGUCCGACCAAGCGACCAGCCCGGUGAGGCGAAACUCAAAGACAGACGACAACGGGAACGCCCGCCAGAAGCGUCGUUAUGGCGCGUCCUGCGAAGCCUGCCGUCGCAGGAAGAGGCGCUGCGACGGCAAAGGCCCAGAUGGGCGCUCCCUCUGCAAAUAUUGCCCACAAGCUGGCAUCCCCUGCGUCUUCCCUGCAUCUGGGGAAGCAUCCAAGAUAGACAAGGCAUACUCAGAGCUCUCAACCUGCAAGGCUCUGCUAUUUGCCCUCGCAAAGGCAGGCGAUGACGAGCGCGAACGCUUAUUGGCAGAGUGGAUCGCGACUCAGGACGGACGGUACAAUGGCGACACUGGCUCUCCCGAGACAUACUCCGAGAGCUCCAAGGAACCUGCCGCAAAGCGCCCGAAGCAUUUCAACCCGGUCAAAUUGGACGAGGCGCACGACGUGCACGACUCCAAGUCCCCCCUUCGUGUCGUAACAGAGGGCGUAACUCCCCACGCUAUCGUCGACAAGAAAGUCCGGCACCCAUCCCCCGCCUCCUGGGGCAGGAACCUGCGCUACACCUACGAAAGCACCCUUCGGUCACUGAUUGGACAUGCCUGCGCAUACGAGCCCAAGUUCGCCCCACCUACUGCCGAAGAGCAGCAAAUGCUACUAGAUGGCUACUUUUCCUGGCAGAACCCUCGCUACGAGAUACUAUCUCGCCCCGUCUUCGAGAAUGCCAUGCGAACAGGGGACUCUCAGUUCUACUCGGAGUUCUUGCUUUACGCUCUGUUCUCCGGUGCUUCACGAUGUCUUCCGGAGAUGAAGGAUCGCGUAGCAGACUUUGCCAUGAAGGCGCACGUGCUGUUGGCUGCAGAACUCUGUAAACCCAGCUGCUUCGCGACGGUCUACGGUUGUCUAUUGCUGUCUGCAAAUUUAGCCGCAACGGGAUGGUAUUCACAAGCCUGGAACAUGGCUGGACUUGCAAUCCGCAUCUUCAAUGACAUGGGCUGCGAUGCGGACUCCUCGCACUCGGUAGUAUACGACCAGGAGAUGGACCAAGCUCAGCGCUAUGCGCGGCAGCGGGUAUUCUGGUCGGCUUAUAUCUGGGACAAGUCCUUGUCUCUUUCUCUGAGCCGUAAACCGUCCCUACGAACGAAGAUCAACCCGCCAAACUUCUCCAUCCAAGACUCGGAACAGAUGAAGUGGGCGCCGUUUUGGUCCCCCUCCCAGGCCAACGAUUGGUCUGCGCAACACCAAAUACAACAGCCUCCUCAGACUAGCUGGGAGAUGACUUGUUUCUAUCAUACGUGUACUGUGUAUCAGUUCCUGGACGAGGUCAUAGAGAAUAUAUAUGAACAUAAGGAUCAGCGACCGACGCAGAUGCGCGACUUUGUGUUAGACCUCAAGGACCGGAUGACGGCAUGGCAAGCACAAGUACCGGAUACUGUGUAUGUCAACCCGGACAAACUACCGCUGGUGUCGCCACCUCCACAUAUCAUUCAGUUCAACCUGCUUAUCCAUACGACCCUAAUCCUAAUGUAUCGACCUUUCUAUCAGGAAGAUGCGAGCACUUCCGCGCUUCCUUGGACAAUACCUGCCUGCCACAAGGCCGCUCAGGCUAUCCAUUCCCUACUGAGCCUCCACGAACGGGCAUACCCGCUCAACCGCGUCAUCUACCUCACCAUCUACGCCGCCUUUUGCUCUGCCACUAUCGACAUGGGCCUCAUCUCGAACCCCAGCCCGCAAGUCGCCGCCGCCGCGCGCUACCGCCUCGAGCUCACGCUCAAGGUCCUCGCUAUCGGCUGCGAGACGGACGUGCCCGGUAUCCGGCGCUCCGUCAUAGCCCUGCGACACUACAUGGACCAUCACAGCUCCACGCCCUCCUCGCGGCGCUCCUCGCAGACUAACCUCUCCGCGCGCCUCCCGCACGACGGCCAGCCCGUGCACGAGCCGCCGAUCCCGGAGGAGCACCUACGCGCGCAACACCAGCUCCAGCACCACCACGGGCACGGGCAGCACCAUGGCAUCCGCUCGCCGCACGACAUGCACGCGCCGGAGGGGCUCAUGCCCGUGUCCUCCGUGCGCCUUGACCCGCACUACAUGCCGCCAAACCAGGAGCCGGUGUACGGGUACGCGGACCACCCGCCGGCAUACGAGUUCCACCAGCAGGCGGCGCCCCCGCCGCAGGCCGCGGACUUCCCGGCGACGGACUUCGACCCGACGUCGUACUUGAACUCGAUAUACAUGGGGCUGCCGCAGCCGAUGCCGCAAUGGGAGAACGUGCAAUGGCAGCAGCCCGCGCAUGGCGCGGUCGACUUCUUCGGGCUCGGCAACUAUUAG